UGAGUGUGUACUAGUGUGUGUGUGUGUUGGUGUGUGAGUGUUACUAGUGUUCUGUGUGUGCUAGUGUGUGAGUGUGAUAGCUUGUAUUGUGCUGAUGGAGUGUGCAUUUGCUAGAAGUACAUUGGUAGACAGUGUGUAUGGUCAUUCAAUGAACUGUUUGCUGUCCUAGUUAAGCCUAUCAAGCCCAUAGUUAUGAUGUACCCUGGGCCAGUGCUAAUCAUUUAGCGCCUGGCGACGGCGCAUAGUCUGCAGGGGCUGUUGGUUUGUCGGAUAGAAGAGGAGGGGUGUAUAUAAUAAGUGGACGCAGAGGGGACUUUGAAGUGUAGGGUCUGUGCCUGGAAGAGAAGACGCACGCUCGGCUCUCGCGCUGUUGGGGACACUAAUUGCUUGUUGCGGCUUCACAGCCCCUCGCAGCUGCCUCAGAGCUUUCUGUCAGUGAGUCUGUCAGUGAGUCUGUCAGUCAGUGAGUAACAAGAGAGGGGGGAGCGCGGGAGGAGGAGGAGAACCCGUAUCCUCUACAUCCAGAGCUCACAUCCCAGCGCCUAUUAGCACCAAACUAGCAUUCCGGCUAAACUCAAAAUGGACGCUACCCCGACCACUUCCUUUCGCUCUGCCGACAGCCUGCUCAACAGCUCCAUCAGCGGCUGGGGUGACAAUGGCUCCCUGAUCCCCGUGAGGUGUCCCGCUGACGGCGUGGGGAACUGGAGCGGAAUGGACGCCGACAACCAGUCGUACCUGUGCGACCGCUCGGACACUUUCCCCCAGGACAACGAUUCCAUCUUCAUAGCCAUCAUCAUAGCCGCUCUCUACUCCAUGAUCUGCGUGAUGGGACUCUUUGGCAACGUCCUGGUCAUGUAUGUCAUUGUCAGGUACACAAAAAUGAAGACGGCAACCAACAUCUACAUUUUUAAUCUUGCUCUAGCCGAUGCCCUUGCAACAAGUACUCUCCCUUUCCAAAGUGUUAACUAUUUGAUGGGAACAUGGCCAUUUGGCAAUAUUGUGUGCAAAAUAGUUAUAUCCAUAGACUAUUAUAACAUGUUUACAAGCAUUUUUACAUUGACCACAAUGAGCGUUGAUCGCUACAUCGCUGUCUGCCAUCCUGUGAAAGCGCUAGACUUCAGAACACCAAGAAAUGCCAAAAUUGUAAAUGUCUGCAACUGGAUACUUUCUUCUGCUAUUGGUCUGCCUGUGAUGUUCAUGGCUACUACAAAAUCUGAAAGAGGUUCUACCGACUGUGCUCUUCUCUUUCCACACCCAUCAUGGUAUUGGGACAACCUGUUGAAAAUCUGUGUUUUCAUUUUCGCUUUUAUAAUGCCAGUCCUAAUCAUUACAGUUUGCUAUGGCAUGAUGAUUCUGCGGCUCAAAAGUGUCCGAAUGCUAUCUGGCUCCAAAGAAAAGGAUAGAAAUCUGAGAAGAAUCACCAGGAUGGUCCUUGUCGUGGUGGCAGUGUUUAUUGUCUGCUGGACUCCCAUCCACAUUUAUGUCAUUAUAAAAGCAUUGAUCAAUAUCCCUCCUUCUCUUUUUCAGACUGUCACCUGGCAUGUUUGCAUUGCAUUAGGCUACACAAACAGCUGCUUAAAUCCUGUACUUUAUGCUUUUCUCGAUGAAAACUUUAAGCGGUGCUUCAGAGAAUUUUGCAUUCCAACAUCAUCGACCAUUGAGCAGCAGAACUCCACUCGCAUGCGGCACAAUACCCGUGAUCGUGCCUCCACUGCCAAUACCGUGGACAGGACUAAUCAUCAGGUAUGACUAGCAGUGGAAAUGUCCUCUCUGGAUUCAAGAGUUGACAUGACUUCAGAAGUUACACAGAUAACCACAGGCCUUUAAUAUAUCAUCAUAUAUAUCAUAGAUCAAUGGAGCAUCAUUGUUCUCAGCUUGAUACUUUCCAGGCACUCAAAAAGAGAAAUGCAAUGGUCUCGAGUAACUAGAGUUCCUAAUAAAGAGAGGCCUAAAAUGUGCCCUUGAUCUUUCAGAAGGUCAUUAUUGUAUAAAUGUAAAUCAACAAAUUAUACGAAAAGCCAUAUGGCAGUGUACAUAAAUACUGUACAGGUAAUUCUCAACAUAAUUAUGUUUUGGGUUGUGUGCUAAAACAGUUCUUAUGUAUAUUUAACGUAUGUAUAGAUGCCUGUGUUACAUAGUGAUAAAUGUUUAUUUAAAUAUUCAAAAGGGGGUGCACAGGCUUGUAUCUUUACCAUGCCAAACUUUUAUCAAUGAUUGUAUAUUUGUUUCUGCA